AUGCUCCCCUCCAUCGAGCGUCAUGCCCGUGAAUGCGUCAAAGAACUCUUUCAAUUCAUAGCCGCCCAAGGUCAAGGCGAUUACCUGGGGGAGCAGGUCUCCCAGCUUGAACAUACACUGCAGACCGCUCAGCUUGCAGUCCAGGCAGGUGCGGACGAUGACACCGUGCUGGGCGCGUUGCUUCAUGAUGUCGGGCGAUUCAUUCCUGCAGCGAAGGAAAUGCCUGCUAUGAUCGCUCCAGAUGGAGUAUUCGUUGGAAGUGGAAGUCACGAGAUCUUGGGCGAGAAAUACCUUCGUGUCCUUGGUUUUAAUGAGUCGAUCUGUCAGCUGGUUGGUGCGCACGUCAUGGCGAAGCGAUACCUGACAGCCGUGGACAAAGAUUAUUAUGCGGGCCUGAGUCAAUCCAGUAAAACGACUCUGAAAUUCCAGGGCGGUACGUUCACUCAGGAACAGGUCGUCGAAGCCCAGAAAGACCCUCUCCUCGAGGCAAAACUGGCUGUUCGACGCUGGGACGACCUGGCCAAGGUACCCAAAAUGGCGACACUGCCGCUCGAAUAUUAUGAACGAAUGGCAACCAAAAGCCUGCUCGCAUCCCGGUCGGUCUUUGAAUUGCACGGAAGAAAAUACAAGCUUCCCGAGAGGCCCACGGUCGUGAUCUGUGUCGACGGCUUUGAUCCCGAAUACCUCGAACAAGGAAUAUCCGACGGUAAUACCCCCAACAUGGCCAAGUUUGUCCAAUCAGGCUUCGCUACGACGGCGAAAUGUGCCAUGCCAGCAUUUACCAAUCCCAACAACGUCUCCAUUAUCACUGGGGCACCGACGGCCUUACAUGGUAUCUCGGGGAACUUCUUCCUAGACCGGACAACUCGAAAGGAGGAAAUGAUCGUGGAUGACGCAUUGCUUCGAGGUUCGACCAUUUUGGAGCAGAUGUCGAAGCGAGGCGUCCGUGUUGCCGCCAUAACUGCGAAAGACAAGCUGAGAGCAAUCAUCAACCACGGCUUGAAUUGCUCGCGGGGAGACAUUUGCUUUUCAGCCCAAUAUGCCAACAAAUGUACGCUCGCCGAUAAUGGCAUCUCUGAUGUUGAGAAGUGGCUCGGCAUUCCCACUCCAGACCAAUACUCAGGAGACCUGUCUUUAUUUGUGCUCAGGGCAGGCAUAAAGCUGCUCGAGGAAGAUCGGGCUGAUUUGUUUUAUCUCACACUCUCCGACUAUGUUCAGCACAAAUUUGCCCCAGGAAGCAAGGAAGCAAAUGCUUUCAUGGCGACCAUUGAUGACUGCGUCGGUCGCUUGGUUCAACUGGGUGCUACAGUUGUUGUGACUGGAGAUCAUGGAAUGAGCGAUAAAUGCAAAGACGACGGUACACCAAAUGUCCUAUUUGUUGAAGAAGAGCUGGAUCGCAAGUUCGGCGAGGGCUCCUCAAGAGUUAUCUGCCCGAUCACAGAUCCUUUCGUCCGCCACCAUGGCGCCUUGGGUUCUUUUGUGCGGGUAUACUUAAAUCGACCAGAAAUUACCAUCGAGGAUGCCUUGACGUACUGUCGUUUAUUCCCGCAAAUCGAAGUCGCUGUCGACGGACCAACGGCGGCUCAAAUGUUCGAGAUGCCCCUCGACCGCGAGGGAGAUUUUGUGCUGGUCUCCAAGGAGAAUGCCGUUCUCGGAAGUCGGAAGGAAGAACAUGCGCUCGACAAUUUACGCGACCAUCGACUUCGAUCUCACGGUGGCCUCUCUGAGCAGCCAAUCCCCCUGCUAAGAUCUCUUCCUGUCACGAAUACAAUUGAGCAUCGGCAAUGGAGGAACUUCGAUGCUUUUGACCUGGCCCUCAAUUUGUGA